AUGGAUCUAGCCAACCAGACGACCCCUGUUGAGCCCUGCAACGACAUUUCGCUGUUUCCGCGUGUUUCCAAAUUCCAGCCGUUUAUCGACGCGCUCGAACGCGAGUUAACCGAGGCGAUUCGCUCACGCGUGUCUACCAUCCCCCAACGUGGUGCCGCGGCACGCGUCGGAAUACUGUUUUCCGGUGGCGUUGACUGUAUCACGAUCGCCGCACUCCUGACACGCAUCUGGCCGAGGCACGAGCCAAUCGAACUGUUCAACGUCGCAUUUGAAAACCCACGCCAGCUCAAGGCACACAAGACAGCCAGUGCAUAUGACGUGCCGGAUCGCAAGACUGGGAGAGCCGGCUGGCUGGAGCUGUGCCAGAUGGAUCCGGGCCGCGACUGGCGGUUUGUCGAGGUCGAUGUGCCAUAUGACCAGGUGCUUGAGCAUAAGCAGCACAUCUGCCAGCUGCUGGUUCCGUCGGACACCGUCAUGGACCUCAGCAUUGGCAUGGCCAUUUGGUUCGCCAGCCGCGGCCACGGCAGUUUGGUUGAAAAGGACAGUGGAUCCAGAUCGCCGUAUGUCGGCCAGGCCCGCGUGCUGCUGCUGGGCAUGGGCGCUGACGAGCAGCUCGGUGGGUAUUCGAGGCACCGUGCUGCAUGGGAACGCGGACAGUGGGAGGACCUGGGUCGUGAGAUCCGCGUUGAUGUCGAACGCAUUGCCACCCGCAACCUGGGCCGCGAUGACCGCAUCGUCUCGGAUAACAGCAAGGAGUCAAGGUACCCGUUCCUGGCUGCAAACGUGGUUAGGCUUUUAUCAUCCACACCAUUGGACCGCAAAAUGGAUAUGCGCUAUGCUCGCGGCAUAGGUGAGAAGCUGCUGCUGCGGCUGCUCGCAUACCAGCUAGGUCUCACCAAUGCCAGCACACUGGCCAAACGUGCGAUUCAAUUCGGUGCCCGCACAGCCAAGAUGGAGACGGGCAGCACCAAGGGCCACACCCGUUUGCAAUAG